AUGCCUGGCAUUAACUCGAACAUCAUUUGCCACUGGCUCCAUGUCAACCCUGCCAGCAAGCCAGUGGAUAAGAAGAGACACAACUUCACUCCUGAGCGAGUAGCUAUCAUUAAAGUCGAGAUCGACAAGCUCCUAGCUGCCAGCUUCACCGAAGAGUUCUCAUACUUAGAAUGGCUAGCCAACAUAGUUCUAGUAGCAAAGAAAGAAAAUGGCAAAUGGAGAGUUUAUGUCAAUUACACUGACCUCAACAAAGCAUGCCCUAAAGACAACUUCCUAUUGCUAAGGAUCGACCAGCUCGUAGAUUCAAUUUCUGGCAAUCAGCUGCUCAGCUUCAUGGACAACUACAUCGACUAUAAUCAAAUCUUGAUGCACGAGGAUGACAAGGCAAAUACCUGUUUCAUCAUCAAGAGAGGGACCUACUACUACAAGGUCAUGCCUUUUAGGCUGAAGAACGUCGGAGCAACCUACUAG